AUUCAGUUCUUGCCUUGUGCUAUGAACCUGGAGUACAGCUAAGCUUCCGAAGGCAGAAGAGGUUUUUCUGCACCAAAGUUUAAGUAUCUCCCAGAUCUCCCAGCCUUACAAAAGGCUUUGCACCGUAAUCUCUAAUGUUAUGACAAUUCUUGCCAAGAGGGAUCUGAGGAUUUUUUCUUCUCGGUUGGUGUAACUUCUUACUUUCUCAGCAUCAAUUACACCCUGCUUCCCUUGAUUUACUGUACUUUAUGCAAAGGACAGCCAAGCGCAUCUUUCUGCAAGCAAGCUUUUGGAAACAUUGCUCCUUUUAGCAUGCAACAACCCUUGCUUAAUUUCCAGAGGAAAGAGUCGGAAUAUAAAUUCCUUUGUAAAUGUGUAUGGUGAUAUUUGCUCCGCUUUUUGCAAUCUUUGCAUUUGCAACAUGUGGUGGUUACUCCGGAGAACUAAGAGUCAGCGUGGACUGCGCCAACAGAACCCAGAGCGACCGCCGCAUUGACAUCCAAGUCACCUACCCAUUUAGGUUGUAUCAAGUGAAUUUUGAUGCACCCACAUGCGACGGGAAACGGAGGGAAAAUCUCUCACUAAUAGGAGACUUUUCAUCUUCUGCUGAGUUCUUUGUCACAAUUGCUGUGUUUGCCUUCCUCUACUCUCUGGCCGCCACAGUAGUCUACAUCUUUUUCCAGAACAAGUAUCGAGAGAACAACAGGGGGCCCCUAAUUGAUUUUAUCGUAACUGUUGUCUUCUCCUUCAUGUGGCUGGUGAGCUCGUCCUCCUGGGCUAAAGGUCUUUCUGAUGUAAAAGUGGCCACAGAUCCCGAUGAAAUUCUGUUACUGAUAUCCGCUUGCAAACAGCCAACAAACAAAUGUGCCUCAGUGCGAGGUCCUGUCAUGUCAAGCCUGAAUACUUCAGUGGUGUUUGGCUUCUUGAAUUUUAUUCUUUGGGCUGGAAACAUAUGGUUUGUCUUCAAGGAGACAGGCUGGCACGCUUCUGGGAAUAGAUAUCCACAAGAGCCAGUUGAGAAACAGUCCGGUAGCCAAUCUUUAAACCAGGGUGGAUACAAUCAAGAACCCUAUGGACCAACUCCACCAUUCAAUCAACCACAAGCAGGCUUCGGUCAGCAACCAAGCUUUGGACAGCCUGGCGGACUUGGACAACAAAACUUUAACCAGACACGGUAUAACCAAACCGGCCCAACAUCUUUUGCCAACCAGAUUUAAUGUGUUCCUCCGUGCCGACCACAGACACCUUGACAAGGUAUAAUUCCAGGAGGAAUGAUACCGUGUUUUUCAAAUUCAGUGCGGUUUCUUGAACCUGCCACAGUACAGAUGGUGGAUCCUGGUUUCUAGUACGUAUAGGAAACGGUGAAGAUCAGUAAUGUAGAAAAUACCAGUUCUUUGUGUUUUACCUAGACACCCUAAUAUGUGACAAAAAAAUGCUAAUUUAUUGUGCUAUUAAUAGUACCGUUUCCUUUACCCCCCGCAUGCUACAUUAAUCUCAGAAAUUGCGUGUUUGAUGUUACUUCUCUUUUGCCUGCAUUUUCUUUUUCGCAUGAUCCUGUACAGUAUGGUUGGACACUGUUACUAUUGCUCCAUACUAUAACUUUUUCACAGUUACAUGAAACAGAUGCUGUACUUUAACCAUAUAUGCCAUAUCAUUGUGCAGAGUUGAAUUAUUCAUUGUAGUUUUGGGUAUUUCAAUAUGCGGAACUCACAAUGUUUUUCACCCAGCAUAAACGAGGACCUGUGUGUAUGGAACUACUUACUUUGGGACAUUUGAGAGCCUUUCCAGACUUAGACUCUAGCCCACCACAUUCAAAUUUGUGCAUGUGAACCCGGUAAUACCCAUGUCAAUACAGUACUCAGAUCUUUUUCUUGUAGGUUAGGAACACUUGUGAAGUCUUUGUAUUUUUACCAAUCUUUCAGAAGCA